AUGCAUUAAAAGGUAUUAACAUGGCCUUUGACGUGGCUGAGUUACACCUCCCCAUCACGCCGAAACGUGCCCCAGCUAAGCCGAGGCGUAGAAACGUACUUAACACUGAAUAUCGGUAUAUAGUAGACGAUCGUGUCGACAAUACAAUUGAUUACGGUAUCGUCACCACUGCAACACAUUACAAGAUGGCCCUUAAAUACGUAUCUAGUUACUUGUUGGCUGUUGCUGCAGGCAACGAAAAUCCCAGCGUCGAUGACCUCAAAAAGAUUCUUGACGCUGUUGGUUCGGAUGUUGAUGAAGAGUGCCUUCAGGGUCUCGUUGACUCCAUGAGCGGCAAGACCGUGCAUGAGACCAUCGCAGCCGGUAUGACCAAACUUCAGAGCAUGCCCGCUGGUGGCGCUGCCAUGCCUGCUGCUGCCGCUGGAGGUGCUCCCGCCGCUGCUGAGGACAAGGCUGAGGCUAAGAAGCCCGAGGCUGAGCCUGAGGAGGAAGAGGACGACAUGGGUUUCUCUUUGUUCGACUGAGCUUAUGGCGCGUUGAGCGGGUAUUACACUCUGCUUAUAGACAGCCGUACAUGAAAUCGUCUUAUGUAAACCCGUGUCUUAAACUUUGUUCAGUU